CGACCUCAUCCUCCCACCAGUAAUCCGAACAUUGUCUCGAGAGCCCUACAAAUCAAGUACAAGAACCAGAGGCUCACACUGGGCAAGUCCAUGUCCUCCAACUCUGCCCUCUAGUCAAUAGGCAUGCGCUUCCUCGCGUUCGCCUUGCAAGUGGGGUUUGAAUAACCCAUUUACCUCAACCAACAAUGGACCACCGAACUCUCAUUUUCGCAACUGUCUUCCCGGUACCCUCGAUCUCCCAUUCGACACCGACACCUAUUUCCACGCCUGAUCUACGAUAUACCACACCAGGUGAAGCCUUCGGAGGCCCGUCUAGCCAAAAUCUCGACGGACAGCAUCGCACCGUCAAGCGCAAUCUUGCCUGGAGCACCGCAACGCGUUUCUUGAGCCUACCGAAGCAAUUGCACGGUCUGAACACAUCAUUAGGGUCAGGAACGUCGUUCGAUAUCCAGAAUCGACACAGAGGUGCCGAGGUGGAAGAUGCAUUACAUUAUUUGUUGAUUGGCGACGGCAGGAGCGAAGAGGCACAAGAGGAGACUUUAGUAGAAUGGUAUACAAAUGAAGCGAGGCUUCACUUUGCGAAUGUUGUUCGGCCGACAGUCAACAAUUUCUGGGACAAGGAGGUUGAAACCGAGCAAGCCUGGAGCGUUCUCGAACGUACACAACAGAUAUUUCAGCAAGCCCAAGCCCUUUAUCUUGAACCUUUUCAAGAUCAUAUCAUGCCUUUCCUGGAGCAUUCCUUCCCUCCUACGCCGCGCCCUACAAAGCCUACACAGACUAUACAACCUAACCAAGCGGAACAUGCAAUUUGGCGGUUCCGUCAAGAAGUCAAUGCCAUAUUUGUGCACUGUCUACCGCCAAAAAGAUACAUAAAGACGCUAAGCUAUGCGCUAUACGAGGCAGGAUGCCGCAUGUUUCGUAUCUACCUCCGACAAGAUGAGAUGCAGGAGGAUUUGACUAUGAACCCUGCUAGGACCCGCGAGCGAUUAGUGUCACUAUUGCGAGGCUUGGAGAGGGUAGGCCUUGGUGGAGAGCCUGCGCAACAGGCAUUUGCCCACGCCAUGGACAAGAUCAUGAAUUCCUUCAUAUCCAGCCACUAUCUCAAGGUAGAUUGGUUCGACAAGCAGCCUGUCGUUCCGCAACUACGUUUGUUCAUCCGGGAUGGAUUCUAUCCACAUGUCAAGCUGGUCAUGGAAUGCUUGAACUGUGACAGUACGGUGCAACCCACGGAGUUACAGUCAUGGCAGGACAUGGCUCUUAGUAGGCUGGGCAGGGCAAGAGUAGACACCAUGUUUGAUUUCGUAAUCAAUUGGGACCAUAGUUUGGGCGCAAUACUUGAUAUCAAGGAGUAUCUCAAAGUGCCUGGUGCAAAACAGCAUCUCACGUCUAGUUUCUCGCAGCAGGUUCUGAGGAGAUUGCUCCACGCUGGUGCUACGACUACUUACAUCCUGAACGUCUACAUCAGGAUCAUUCGUGCGUUCUACGAGCUGGAACCCAAAGGCGUCUUGCUCGAAAGAGUUGCGCGACCCAUUCGACGCUACCUGAAAGAACGGGAUGAUACAGCAAAAAUAAUAAUAUUAAGUUUGCUGGCAGAUCUGAACGCCGAGGGUGGCCGGAAAUUCUCGUCGAACAGCGAGCUUUCCUAUGAGAUUGCUUGUGAAAUGGAGAGGCCUAGUGGGAAUAUCUUUGGCCAGGAGGCAGACGAAGAACUCAACUAUAAUGACAUGAACUGGCAGCCCUUGCCUUCCGACGCUUCACCAGACUAUAAGAAGUCCAAAGCGGAAGAUGUCGUGUGGUUUCUACUUACGCUUUGGGAGAGGGAGGAUUUCAUCAACGAGCUUAAGAAUCUUCUGGGAGACCAUUUGCUCAAAUGCCAAGAUCCUCACUUUGAAAGGGAGAUACGACUAUUGGAGCUGAUCAAAGUCCGACUCGGAGACGAAAAGUUGCAAGCGUGCGAAGUCAUGCUGCGCGAUGUACUGGAGUCGAAGCGAAUCAACGCGGCAAUCCAUUCCAGCACCGGCAAGCCAUCCACAAAGGACAAUGGUGGUGCCCCAGAAACUCCGGCGAAUGCAGGUCCACUUCCAUCGACGCCGCGCCCACGACGUCUCGCUGCAGCCACGCCUUCGAGUCAGUUAUUGAAGACGCCUGUUUCAGCAAAGGUCGCGGAAGAUCCCCAGCUCAACGCUCAGAUCAUUUCCUCCUUCUUCUGGCCACUGCUUCGCGACGACCACUUCCUCGUCCCCUUGGAGAUCCAGACCCUGCAGAAGGAGUAUGAAACGCGCUUCGAACGGGUCAAGGGCAUGCGCAAGCUCCGCUGGAUGAACGCCCUCGGCGACGGAACCGUGACCCUCGAACUCGAAGACCGGACCGAAGAGUUCUCGGGCCUGAUGCCGUGGCAAGUCAGCGUGAUCUACGCCUUCCAGCCCCAGCCGGGCGAGGAGUGGGCCGGCGGCGGCGGCGGCAAGGGAGGAGGAAGAGGUAAAGGCCACCAGAAGAAGAGCAGCAAAACCCCCGCCCCCGCCAUCACGAGGAACGUGGAGCAGCUCGAAGAGAUGCUGGAAAUGGACGAGGCACUCGUCCGGCAGUCGCUCUCCUUCUGGGUCGGCAAGGCCGUGCUCCGCGAGAGCCACCCAGACACCUUCACCGUCAUCGAGAACCAGUCCGCGACCAAGGUGGACGAGAACGCCGCGGCGGCCGCGCAGGAGCUGGCUGAGGUGCAGGCGAGCGCGCAGGCGGGCGCCGUCCGCAGCCAGGCGGACCUGCUCGCGGAGAACAAGGACGUCUACUGCAACUUCAUCAUGGGAAUGCUGACGAACCAGGGGAACAUGCCGGGCCAAAGCAUCGGGAUGAUGUUGCGGAUGAUAGGGAACUUUACCAUCAGCGGGGAGGAGCUGGACUGGCUGCUCCAGGGCCUGGAGAAGGAGGAAAGAAUCGUUGCUAUGGGCGGCGGCGUCUGGGGGGUCAAAAAGUGAACGAUGGACUGUUUUAUAAAUCUGUACAGUCUCAUUGAAGAUGCACACACACUACUACUGGCGUUUUGGCAUGGGUGGGGGGAAAUAACGUUGGAGGAAAGAUACCUGCCGCUUCUAUGGCGUGCAUAGUUAGUUAAUUGAUGCAAAGCAAGCAUUAUUCUAAGAUUUGUAGCCGUUUCGUAUGUGAUAUGGUCUUCACACCAACAUACAUACCAGAGUCCAAUGAAGACGAAAGAGAAGACCC